UCACGGGUUCGAUUGUCUGCGUUACGGUCUUCACACGCAGUUAGAGAGAGAGAGAGAGAGCGAGAGCUUAACCCUAAAUCAACGAACUUGCCCAGAAUUCCGAUCCAAUUGGUCUGUAUCUCCAUAGGCGGGUUCAAAAGUUGAGAUAGAGAUAGAGAUAGAGAUAGAGCUUCGACCUCGCUUGUCGUUUAAACAAACCAUACCAGAGAGUGUAGACCUUGUUAUCAAUGGCAUUCAAUUGGGUCUCUUUCUUCAAAAUCUCUCUCCUCCUCCUCCUCCUUGCCGCCACUACCACCGCUUUCCUCACUCUCCCCGUUGAAAAGAUAUUGAAAGACUUCUUACUAUGGGUUGAGCAAGAUCUUGGGCCUUGGGGUCCACUUGCACUGGCUGUUGCAUAUAUUCCUCUAACCGUUAUGGCAGUUCCAGCUUCAGUACUUACUCUUGGAGGUGGCUAUCUAUUUGGCUUGCCUGUGGGUUUUGUUGCUGAUUCUAUUGGUGCUACUCUUGGUGCAGUAGCUGCUUUUCUUCUUGGCAAAACAAUUGGGAGGUCAUAUGUUACUUCCAAGUUAAAGGAUUACCCACAAUUCCGGGCAGUUGCAAUUGCUAUUCAGAGAUCAGGAUUUAAGAUUGUCUUGCUGCUACGGCUUGUUCCUGUACUUCCCUUCAAUAUGUUGAAUUACCUCUUGUGCGUGACUCCAGUUCCACUGGGAGAGUACACACUGGCGUCAUGGUUGGGCAUGAUGCCUAUUACUUUUGCGCUGGUAUAUGUUGGAACAACUCUAAAGGAUCUUUCUGAUGUAACACAUGGAUGGCAUGAGUUUUCAAAAGCUCGUUGGGCAUUAAUUAUAUCAGGCCUUGUGAUGUCUGUUGUGCUACUGAUUUGUGUUACUAAAGUAGCGAAGACCGCCUUGGACAAAGCACUGGCUGAAAAUGAAGCUAUAGAUAGCGUUGUAGCCUCACCAGAGCUACCCAUUGUGGCUGAUCCAACAGCAGAUCUCCACGAGCCACUUAUGAUGAAGAUAGACCCUCCUCAAGACGAUCAAGAAAAAUGAAAAGUUUGUUAUUUGUACAUUCUUUACCUUUCUUCUAGAAGUCUAUGCUUCAUCUCAUUGUAUUUGACAUGUCUAGAGAUGGUUGUUCUUAAUUUGUACAGUCACAUUGCUUCUCACGUAGUUUUGGACAGUUAUGUCUUAGCUUAUUGGUAAGACUGUUCCAUUGUGUAUGUUUCUGUAAUGAGAAUUUGUCAAUUUGAGAGAAUUUAUGAAAUAAUUCUUUUCCCAAUGCACAUUGUUUUUAA